AUGGCACCUCACAAGGCUCUACUUUACCAUUAUACCUUUGUCCCGCCGCGGCUAGAUGCCAAAUCUUGUAUAGGUCGGACCAUGCCACAACGACAGACGGCGGUCCCAGACGAACCAGGGUAUUUCAACCUAGAUAGGAGGGCCGUCAAGGCUUACUUGGGCCUUCUGAAUGAAGAACAGCGCCAAAGUAGCGAAGAUGAGAUUCUUCAAGACGCCCUGCAGAACCGUGGUGAUCUACUGGAGCACCUUGGCCUCGCGAAUGCCGCUCUCCCAAAGCGUCCCAAGUCCGAGAGCAGCGAGACGCCUGAUGUGCCGUUCUGUGACCGCUGCCAUAACCUCAUCCACCACCACACCGGGACUCCUAUCUACCACCCAACCAUAGAGGCAAUCCGUGAGACGAUUCAAGAGUCGCCUUACAAGUACAACCAUGUCUAUCACGUCCUUGACGCCGCCGAUUUCCCCAUGUCGCUCCUACCACAGGUUCACCGGCUGCUCGACCUGAUGCCCCUACGCACCAAAAACCGCCGCUCGCAAUCCGGCAAGUUCUUCAAGGGGAAGAAGACCGAAAUGAGCUUUAUCAUAACCAGAUCUGAUCUGCUGGCGCCAAAGAAGGAACAGGUGGACAGGCUGAUGCCCACCCUGGUCGACAUCCUGAGACAUGCGCUCCCGCGUGACUCGAGGCAUGUGAGGUUGGGCAAUGUGAGGUGCGUGAGUGCCAAGCGGAGCUGGUGGACCCAGGAGGUCAAGGAGGACAUAUGGAAGCGAGGAGGUGCUGGGUGGAUGGUGGGCAAGGUGAAUGUCGGCAAGAGCCAGCUCUUUGAUGCCGUGUUCCCGAAAGGCCGGAUGGAUUGGAAGGAAUCCAAGCACGAUAUCUCAGUGGCUGUCCAACCUCGGAAAGAACACGCCCUCGAACCAUUAGUCGACGACCAGGAGGAUGUCAGGCAUGCUGUGCUACCGGACAUUGACGAUCUUGGCGAAGACUCUUUGUUGCCGCCACCACAAGAAGAGACGAAUUUUCCUCGUAUGCCGGUUGUUUCGGCAUUGCCGGGGACUACUGCGUCUCCCAUUCGGGUCCCCUUUGGCGGUGGGAAAGGCGAGCUCAUCGAUUUACCCGGUCUCGAACGCAGCGAACUGGAGACUUGGGUCCGUGAAGAGCAUCGGCCUUCACUUGUCAUGAAGGCUCGCGCAAGCCCGGAGCAACAUGUCAUCAAGCCUGGCCAGUCGCUUCUGAUCGGCGGCUUCAUCAGGAUUACACCGCGCACGCCGGACCUCAUAUUCCUUGGCUAUGCGUUUACGCCCAUCGAACCACAUCUGACGGCAACGGAGAAAGCAAUCGAGAUACAGGAACAGACGUCUGGUAUCAAGGCUGGAAACAUAUCUGUCCCAGCCACUGGAGAGAAGAUCAAGCAUGCCGGAUCGUUCAAAUUACAGUGGGACGUCACCAAGAAACGCGCCGGCCCCAUCACCAGGAAAGACGCCGCUGGAAUCAAGGUCGACCGUCUCCCAUACCGUGUCCUGUCGCUUGAUAUCCUCAUUGAGGGGUGUGGCUGGGUGGAGAUCACUGCACAGGUCCGGACGAAGAACUUGUUCGCACCUCCACCUAGUACUCUCCCGAAAUCCAGGCCGUCUUCCAAGAAGGCCAUCAAGGCGGGCAGGGAAGAGAUUCUCCAGGAAUUGGACCUGUCGGAUCCAGGCGUGGAAGAUGAGAAUGCUCAGCAUGCUGAUUCGGGUGAACCGGAGCCCAACUGGCCAGUCGUGGACGUCUUCUCUCCAGAGGGCCGCUUCAUCGGAUGCCGACCACCCCUGAAUGCAUGGCUGUACAAUAAGGUCCGCAAGACUGCUGAGACGAGCAAGAAGCGGCCACGGAAGAGCAUGACGGGGGCUAAGAGAAGGGACAAGGACGCUGGGAGGGCCAGAUCUGCCGAGGCAUGGUAG